GCCCUGACAUCAGCUCUGCCCAGCAUGCUUGAUGAGGCCCUUCCAGGUGCGCAUCAACUUUGUACAAGACAUCCAUGGGCCGUACUGUGCGCGUACACCGCACCAGGCACGUGACAAGAACUACUCCACGACGUCAAAUCGGUGAGAAAAUGUGAUAAUGACUUUUGCAAGAUCGUUUUAAAGACUAUACGCGCGAUGGGCUCCUCGAAUCGAUAAACUUAAAUAAGUUCAUUUGGAUAGCUCGCAGAGGUCAACUAGCUCUGAUCAGAUGCCUCGCGCCAGAAACGGAUUAGAUCGUCAGCCACAGCUGUCCCAGCCACGUCUAGUCCUGUCUAUAAAAAUUCCAACGUGGGCAUGUCACGAGCACCGUAGAUCUCGGCUAUGAUGCGCCCCUGCGUGGGACAUGGAUGGGAGUCAUUGCAAUUUCUUUCUCGUUCUGAUUCUCUGCCACUGUCCGCCCGCAAUGUCGUCCUCAAGACCCAACAGUCUUGCGGAUCCAUUCUCGACGGCGCCCAACACUCCUUUGAACACUAGUCCAUCUCUCGAACCUCCUAGAGCCUCUUAUCUGUCCUCCACACCAGAUACUGCCAUCAGCCCGCGCGAUUCGUACGCUGAAACACCAGAUAAUGUCUCUCCAUUGGUCCCAGAGAACGAAAAACACGAUGCCUUAGGCUAUAGCCAAGAGUCGAGAGAAGAACCUACCUUUACAAAACGAUCCAUCCUUAAACGGCCUCUAUUUUGGCUCAUCGCUUUCGCCGCCGUUACUGUCGUCGUUCUCGCUGUCGUUCUCCCAGUAUACUUUGUUGUUAUCAAACAUCACAAUUACAGUACUGUUGCAACUUCUGCCGGCGGGUCAGGCGCCGGCAAUCCAGCUCCGCCUGGAACCACGACGACCGGAGGAAACGGCUCCUCUAUCACCACAGCUGAUGGCACAACCUUCACUUACUUGAAUCCCUUUGGAGGCAUCUGGGUGGACAACCCAAACGACCCUUUCAACAAUGGCGCUUAUCCUAACUCGUGGACCCCUCCUCUUAACUCCAGCUGGACUUGGGGAGUAGACAAGAUUUAUGGUGUCAAUCUUGGUGGACUUUUUGUCCUAGAACCCUUCAUCACACCGGCCCUUUACCAGAAAUAUCCGGGUGCAGUUGAUGAGUGGACCCUGAGCACGCUCAUGGCGGCGGAUACAGCCAGUGGCGGACUACAACAACUAGAGACCCAUUACAGUACCUUUGUUACCGAGCAGGAUAUCGCGGAAAUGGCUGGAGCUGGACUGAAUUGGAUACGCUUGCCCAUUCCUUUCUGGGCAAUUGAAAAAUGGGACUUUGAACCCUUCCUCGAGAAAGUGUGUUGGCCCUACAUCCUGCGUGUUCUUCAAUGGGCAAGAAAAUACGGGAUUAGAGUGAAUCUCGAUCUACAUACUAUCCCCGGAUCUCAGAACGGAUACAAUCACUCCGGCAAAUCUGGUUCUGUCAACUUUUUGAAUGGAGUCAUGGGACUUGCCAACGCCCAGCGUGCGCUCGAUUAUAUUAGGAUCAUUACCGAGUUCAUAUCCCAGCCUGAGUGGGUUGAUGUCGUCCCUGUGUUCAGCAUUGUCAACGAGGCCCUGGUUUCCACCAUCGGAACAGACCAAAUCAUCUCAUUUUAUCUCCUUGUGCAUGACAUGAUCCGCAAUAUCACCGGUUACGGAGAAGGGCACGGACCCUACAUUGCCAUUCAUGAUGGAUUCUUAGGGACGGCAGCAUGGGCAGAUUUUUUACAAGGCUCUGAUAGAAUCAUACUUGACACCCAUCCUUACUUUGCGUUCGACGGUGGAGAUAGUUGGUCGCCCAUUGCAACUGGUACUGGGUUAAGCGCUGGAGGCAUUUGGCCACAACAGGCGUGUAGUGCAUGGGGCCCUGGCAUUAACACCAGUCAGACCGCAUUCGGUAUAACCAUCGCAGGCGAAUUUAGCGAUGGUUAUAAUGAUUGUGGGCUGUACCUCACAGGUGUUGGGAAUACUGCAAGCUAUGGAACAUCGUGUUCUUUCUUCUUAGACUCUUCGCAAUGGAACGAAACCGUGAUAGCUGGUCUUAAUGAAUUCACCCUGGCUAGUAUGGACGCUUUGCAGAAUUGGUUUUUCUGGACCUGGAAGGUCGGAAACUCGUCUACGACCAAUAGUGUUCAGUCUCCUCUGUGGUCUUAUCAGUUGGGUCUCCAGCAUGGAUGGAUCCCUACUGAUCCCCGUACUGCUGUAGGCACCUGCGCAGCGUUGGGAGUCACUGGCCCACAGUUUAAUGGGGUUUACCAAGCCUAUCAAACAGGAGGUCCUGGAGCUGGUACCAUCGUCGCGUCCUCAAUCUCAUCUUAUGGCCAAUAUCCACCAACAUCCAUCAACGGUCUUACACCUGGAGCAAUCCAAACCCUCCUCCCCACCUACACGUCCACUAGUGCAGUUCCAACUCUUCCGCCUCCCACCCUCACUCCCACUCCUUCUCCAUCUGUCAACGUCGGGAACGGCUGGUUUGAUUCGGGAGAUGCGGGUCUAGCGCCAACGCAAGUACAGGGUUGCACCUACCCAAGCGCAUGGGAUGCCGUUAGUUCACCCAUGCCCACGGCGCUUUGUCCUGCUACAGGCGGUGCCACUCCUGUCACCACGUCAAUUUCGUCUACUGCUAGUGUCGCUCCUGUCAUCACGUCAGUUUCGUCUACCGCCGGUGUCGCUCCCGUCACCGCAUCACUUUCGUCUACCACCCGUUGAAUGUCACCGAACGCCGAAUGAGGAAGCCUUGGCAUUACGACGCCGAGUUUCUGCGUAUUCAAGCGUUUUAUAGAGGCGCCGUUGAGCAUGCGAAGGUAAUCUAAAUGUAGUCGGCUGCCGGCAGAUGAUGUUACUCAGAUACUAUUUCUUGGACAUAUUAUAUGACAAACUGACAUUGACAAACUGUUAUUUAUAUGGUAUUCUGGUCAUCGCGUUGCGCUUAUUGUUGCCACAGUUAAAGUUUUGUAUUGCUGGGAAUUAACUGAGAAUUCUAACCAUUGACUAUGUA